GCCGAUGUUUCUCAUGGGGCCUCUGUGCGCCUCUCCUCCCGUCCCCCCCCAGCAGUUCACCACCUCCACCCUCCCCACGUCGUCCACCUCGCCCAAACCCUUGUCUCCCCUCGUCUCCCCCUGCACCACCCCUCCACUGCUGUGGAUGGCACACUCUCCCCCUCCCUACAACAAACAAUACCCCCGCCUGGAGCCUAGGUCCCCCAAUGUCAAGGUAAAGAUAACCCACUGGGCACAGAUGUCAGUUCAAAGUCUAGUUUUGAUUUACAUUUGGUUGAGUUAUCAACUAACGUGAAUUCAACGUAAUAUUAACAAAACAUUUCACAGUCUUUAGAUUUAGGUUAAAAGUUGCCUGAAAAAAAGACGAAAUGCCCUUGAUGACUUUUUGCAAAUCCAAUUAGUUUUCCACGUUGAUUCAACAUCAUCACAUUGAUUGUGGGGGUUGAAAUGACGUGGAAGCAAUGUUGAUUCAGUUUCUGCCCAGUGGAAAGGUGCCUGUGUGACAUCAUGUUGUGACAACUAACCCCUCCCCUUCCCCCAAUUCUCCUCUUUAACAAUAACAGACUGUUAUAACUACUGACUACUCCUUUAAACCUUACUUUACCCUAUUUUCUGUGGACUAACCUGUUACUGUCUUUAGGAUUUAGUUCACUUUACUUCACACUGUCUUCUUUUGUCAGUACUGCUAUUGGUUGGUUCGUAGAUACAGCAUUAUGCUACAGUACUAUUGUAAUGUGCUUAGUCUAGAUAAAUGAAUCACUGUAUGUUUGAAAACAGAUCAUUAAUCAGAUGUAGUCUUGAUAAGUAACAUGGCUCCCAGAGAUCCUCGUAUACUUGGACUCUGUUAUUUACACUUGUCUCCUGGUCUCAUGCCAGUUUCCUCCUAGCAGAGAUUUGACUCUUACUGUCCCUAAACGACCUUUAUAAGCUUUCCUGUCUCAGCCCUGGCAGACGGCCUAAACAUACUGCUGCUUUACUCAGAGCUGGGAGACAGAGAACACCAAAUAUACUGUAGAUGAUUACAUUUAAAACGUAUCAGUUACACAGUAAGAUAGAUGUGAUCUGCUUUAACACCCAAUAUACAGUUGAAGUCGGAAGUUUACAUACACCUUAGCCAAUUACAUUUAAACUCAGAUUUUUACAAUUCCUGACAUUUAAUCAUAGUAAGAUUUCCCUGUUUUAGGUCAGUUAGGAUCACCACCUUAUUAUAAGAAUGUGAAAUGUCAGAAUAAUAGUAGAGAGAAUGAUUUAUUUCAGCUUUUAUUUCUUUCAUCACAUUCCCAGUGGGUCAGAAGUUUACAUACACUCAAUUAGUAUUUGGUAGCAUUGCCUUUAAAUUGUUUAACUUGGGUCAAAUGUUUCGGGUAGCCUUCCACAAGCUUCCCACAAUAAGUUGGGUGAAUUUUGGCCCAUUCCGCCUGACAGAGCUGGUGUAACGGAGUCAGGUUUGUAGGCCUCCUUGCUCGCACACGCUUUUUCUAUAGGAUUGAGGUCAGGGCUUUGUGAUGGCCACUCCAAUACCUUGACAUUGUUGUCCUUAAGCCAUUUUGCCACAACUUUGGAAGUAUGCUUGGGGUCAUUGUCCAUUUGGAAGACCCAUUUGCGACCAAGCUUUAACUUCCUGACUGAUGUCUUGAGAUGUUGCUUCAAUAUAUCCACAUACUUUUCCUUCCUCAUGAUGCCAUCUAUUUUGUGAAAUGCACCAGUCCCUCCUGCAGCAAAGCACCCUCACAGCAUGCUGCUGCCACCCCGUGCUUCACGGUUGGGAUGGUGUUCGUCGGCUUGCAAGAGUCCCCUUUUUCCUCCAAACAUAACGAUGGUCAUUAUGGCCAAACAGUUCUAUUUUUGUUUCAUCAGACCAGAGGACAUUUCUCCAAAAAGUACGAUCUUUGUCCCCAUGUGCAGUUGCAAACCGUAGUCUGGCUUUUUUAUGGCGGUUUGGAGCAGUGGCUUCUUCCUUGAUGAGCAGCCUUUCAGGUUAUGUCGAUAUAGGACUCGUUUUACUGUGGAUAUAGAUACUUUUGCACCUGUUUCCUCCAGCAUCUUCACAAGGUCCUUUGCUGUUGUUCUGGGAUUGAUUUGCACUUUUCGCACCAAAGUACGUUCAUCUCUAAGAGACAGAACGCGUCUCCUUCCUGAGCGGUAUGACGGCUGUGUGGUCCCAUGGUGUUUAUACUUGCGUACUAUUGAUUGUACAGAUGAAAGUGGUACCUUCAGGCGUUUGGAAAUUGCUCCCAAGGAUGAACCAGACUUGUGGAGGUCUACAAUUGUUUUUCUGACGUCUUGGAUGAUUUCUUUUGAUUUUCCCAUGAUGUCAAGCAAAGAGGCACUGAGUUUGAAGGUAGGUCUUGAAAUUCAUCCACAGGUACACCUUCAAUUGACUCAAAUGAUGUCAAUUAGCCUAUUAGCCUAUUAGCUACAUCAUUUUCUGGAAUUUUCCAAGCUGUUUAAAGGCACAGUCAACUUAGUGUAUGUAAACUUCUGACCCACUGGAAUUGUGAUACAGUCAAUUAUAAGUGAAAUAAACAAUUGUUGGAAAAAUUACUAUAGUUUGUUAACAAGAAAUUUGUGGAGUGGUUGAAAAAUGAGUUUUAAUGACUCCAACCUAAGUGUAUGUAAACUUCUGACUUCAACUGUAAUAUAAUAGAAAUAGUCUCAACUUUGAUGCCAGAUUUGGUUCCCCAGUUGUUGCCUGGUAAUCCCCUGCUAUGUCCUUUUCUGUGAGUGUUUGUUUGUCAGCCUCUGUGUGUGUGUGUGUGUGUGUGUGUGUGUGUGUGUGUGUGUGUGUGUGUGUGUGUGUGUGUGUGUGUGUGUGUGUGUGUAUGUGUGUGUGCGUGCGCAUGCGCGUGCGCGUGCGCAUAUGCAUGUGCGUGAUCAGUGUGAUGAGAGUGUAUGUGUGAGUACUCUUCUGAUUGUAUCCCCUGGUUCUGGUUCUUUCAGCCUGUAAAGCGUGAAGUUGUUAUUGUGGGUAAACCCCCUCGUAGCCCUGUGAUGUCUAGGAGGUCCUGUGGAUCGCCCAAUAGAGUCCAGAGCUAUUCACCAUCUCAUAGGGUAGGGCUGCUACCCGCUAUGCACUUUGUGUGAUAUCAUCGUACAUUUGGAGUACUAUGAAACUGAGUUCUCUCUUAGAAGAUCAUGUAUCCCUGAGUCCAUAUUUCUGAAACAUAGCUACCACAUAUAUACAAACUCUCAUACAUACAGUGGCUUGCGAAAGUAUUCAACCCCCUUGGCAUUUUUCCUAUUUUAUUGCCUUACAACCUGGAAUUAAAAUUGAUUUUUGGGGGUUUUGUAUCAUUUGAUUUACACAACAUGCCUACCACUUUGAAGAUGCAAAAUAUUUUUUAUUGUGAAACAAACAAGAAAUAAGACCAAAAAAAAGAAAACUGGAGCGUGCAUAACUAUUCACCCCCCCAAAGUCAAUACUUUGUAGAGCCACCUUUUGCAGCAAUUACAGCUACAAGUCUCUUGGGGUAUAUCUCCAUAAGCUUGGCACAUCUAGCCACUGGGAGUCUUGCCCAUUCUUCAAGGCAAAACUGCUCCAGCUCCUUCAAGUUGGAUUGGUUCUGCUGAUGUACAGCAAUCUUUAAGUCGUACCACAGAUUCUCAAUUGGAUUGAGGUCUGUGCUUCGACUAGGCCAUUCCAAGAUAUUUAAAUGUUUCCCCUUAAACCACUCAAGUGUUGCUUUAGCAGUAUGCUUAGGGUCAUUGUCCUGCUGUAAGGUGAACCUCCGUCCCAGUCUCACAUCUCUAGAAGACUGAAACAGGUUUCCCUCAAGAAUUUCCCUGUAUUCCCCACAGCAUGAUGCUGCCACCACCAUGCUUCACUGUGGGGAUUGUGUUCUUCGGGGUGAUGAGAGGUGUUGGGUUUGCGCCAGACAUAGUGUUUUCCUUGAUGGCCAAAAAGCUCAAUUUUAGUUCCAUAUGUUUGGGGAGUCUCCCACAUGGUUUUGGCGAACACCAAACAUGGUAGCUUAUUUUUUUCUUUAAGCAUUGGCUAUUUUCUGGCCACUAAACCGUAAAGCCCAGCUCUGUGGAGUGUAUGGCUUAAAGUGGUCAUAUGGACAGAAACUCCAAUCUCCGCUGUGGAGCUUUGCAGCUCCUUCAGGUUCAUCUUUGGUCUCUUUGUUGCCUCUCUGAUUAAUGUCCUACUUGCCUGGUCUGUGGGUUUUGGUGGGCGGCCCUCUCUUGGCAGGUUUGUUGUGGUGCCAUAUUAUUUCCAUUUUUUAAUAAUGGAUUUAAUGGUGCUCUGUGAGAUGUUCAAAGUUUCUGAUAUUUUUAUAACCCAACCCUGAUCUGUACUUCUCCACAACUUUGUCCUUGACCUGUUUGGAGAGCUCCUUGGUCUUCAUGGUGCUGCUUGCUUGGUGGUGCCCCUUGCUUAGCGGUGUUGCAGACUCUGGGUCCUUUCAGAACAGGUUUAUAUAUACUGAGAUCAUGUGACAGAUCAUGUGACACUUAGAUUGCACACAGGUGGACUUUAUUUAACUAAUUAUGUGACUUCUGAAGGUAAUUGGUUGCACCAGAUCUUAUUUAGGGGCUUAAUAGCAAAGGGGGUGAAUACAUAUGCACGCACCACAUUUCCUUUAUUUAUUUUCUAUAAUUUGUUGAAACAAGUUAUUCAUUUUAAUUUCACUUCACCAAUUUGGACUAUUUUGUGUAUGUCCAUUACAUGAAAUCCCAAAAAAAAUCCCUUUAAAUUACAGGUUGUAAUGCAACAAAAUAGGAAAACACCAAGGGGGAUGAAUACUUUUGCAAGGAAAGUAUUCAGAACCCCUUGACUUUUUCCACAUUUUGUUACAUUACAGCCUUAUUCUAAAAUAGAUUAAAUCAAUACAAAUCCUCAUCAAUCUACACACAAUACCCCAUAAUGACAAAGUGAAAACAGGUUUUUAGCAAUGUUUUCAAAAUUAUUAAAAAUAAAACAUAAAUACCUUAUUUACAUAAGUAUUCAGACCCUUUGCUAUGGGACUCGAAAUUGGAGUACACCUGUGGUCAAUUCAAUUGAUUUAACAUGGAAAGGCACACACCUGUCUACAUAAGGUCCCACAGUUGACAGUGCAUGUCAGAGCCAAAACCAAGCCUUGAGGUCGAAAGAAUUGUCUGUAGUGCUCCACGACAGGAUUGUGUCGAGGCACAGAUCUGGAGAAGGGUACCAACACAUUUCUGCAGCAUUGAAGGUCCCCAAGAACACAGUGGCUUCCAUCAUACUUAAAUGGAAGAAGUUUGGAACCCCAAGACUCUUCCUAGAGCUGGCCGCCCAGCCAAUCUGAGCAAUCAUGGGAGAAAGGCCUUGAUCAGGGAGGUGAUCAAGAACCUGAUGGUCACUCUGACAGAGCUCCAGAGUUCCUCUGUGGAGAUGGGAGAACCUUCAAGAAGGACAACCAUCUCUGCAGCACUCCACCAAUCAGGCCUUUAUGGUAGAGUGGUCAGACAGAAGCCACUCCUCAGUAAAAGGCAAAUGACAGCCCACUUGGAGUUUGCCAAAUGGCACCUAAAGGACUCUCAGACCAUGAGAAACAAGAUUCUCUGGUCUGAUGAAACCAAGAUUGAACUCUUUGGCCUGAAUGCCAAGCGUCACGUCUGGAAGAAACCAGGCACCGGUCAUCACCUGGCCAAUACCAUCCCUACGGUGAAGGAUGGUGGUGGCAGCAUCAUGCUGUGGGGAUGCUUUUCAGUGGCAAGGAUUGGGAGACUAGUCAGGAUCGAGGGAUGAAUGGAGCAAAGUACAGAGAGAUUCUUGAUGAAAACCUGCUCUGGAGAGCUCAGGAUCUCAGACUAGGGCGAAGGUUCACCUUCCAACAGGAAAACGACCCUAAGCACACAGCCAAGACAACGCAGGAGUGGCUUCGGGACAAGUCUCUGAAUGUCCUUGAGUGGCCCCAAUUGAACAUCUCUGGAGAGACCUGAAAAUAGCUGUGCAGCGACGCUCCCCAUCCAACCUGACAGAGUAUGAGCAUGAGAGGAUCUGCAGAGAAGAAUGGGAUAAACUCCCCAAAUACAGGUGUGCCAAGCUUGUAGCGUCAUACCCAAGAAGACUCAAGGCUGUAAUCACUGCCAAAGGUGCUUCAACAAAGUACUGAGUAAAGGGUCUGAAUACUUAUGUAAAUGUGAUAUCAGUUUUUUAUUUUCAAUACAUUGGCAACAUUUUCUAAAAACCUGUUUUUGAUCUGUCAUUAUGGGGUAUUGUGUAUAGAUUGAAGAGGUAGAAAAACAAUUUAAUCAAUUUUAGAAUAAGGCUGUAACGUAACAAAAUGUGGAAAAAGUCCAGGGGUCCGAAUACUUUACGAAUGCACUGUAUGGUCAGUAAAAAUACAACCUCUAAAAAAGAAAUGAAUAUCUAGGAGCCGAUAGAUAUGUUAAGAAUGGCCCGCUGUAAACAGAACCAUGCUAAUCAUGUCAACAAACACCAUAGGGAUAACUUCAACUUAAAUGCCUGACAGUCUGUCCAGUGUGCGUUGCAGCUUGGCAUUGUGUGGGUAGAUUGGUACCUUUUUCCCUGUGGCAAAGGUUUGUGUCCCAAAUGACACCCUAUUCCUUAUAUAGUGCAGUACUUUUGACCAGCCCUAUGGGCCCUUGUCAAAGGUAGUGCACUACAGUACAUAUAGGGAAUAGGGUGCCUUUUGGGAUGCAGACAUAGUGUCUGGUGCAUCGUCUGUGGUUUUGCUGCAUGACCCAUUGACCGACUGACAGUUGAAUUCAUAAGAAUGGAAUGGACUCCCCCUUUUGACUCAGAAUUGUCUGCCAAACCUGUUAGUGUAUGAGGAAAACAGUCAAUCAUUGUGGACUUACUGCUUGCUAGGAUGGCUUGUGUUAGCCUGAGUGCCAGUCUGUUUGUGCUAUCAUGACAACUCAUUGUCACUCAUUGUCUUGCCAUUGAGCAAUGUAGUUGGCAAGAGCACAACCAGAUCUGGGAUUAGGCUUGUGUGCUGUGGAAUAGUAUAUGUGGAUGUUAGGAAUGAAUGGUAGGAUCUAAAAUGCUUGGUUGGUCUUUGUCUUUCUAUUCUGUCUCUUGCUCUGAGGGAUGUUGAAUACUGUUUCCUGUGUACACAGCAUAAACACUGUGUACCUCCCAUAGCCAGAAAGGCAGCCUUAGCCCCCAAAUUCCCUUCAGCUCCUUGUCAGCAUUGUGGUUGUAGCAUCUUUGUUGCACAUUAAAGCAAAGAUGGUGUUGCGUAAGCUCUGGCACAUUGUUGCUACAGUGAUGGAUGCUGAUGGUGGUAAAACAUACUACAGAGGGAGAAGAAGACAGAUACAAACAUGACAUGCCUACUGUAUAUCACUGCAUCUCUCUUCUCUCUUUCUCUUCUCAGCGGCCAGCAUUUACCCAAAAUGCCCUGAAUUGUGGUGGAGAACCGUAAGUCUAUCUCCUAUUUCCAUGACAAUUUGUUUUCCCAACUUGACCAUUAAAGCUACGUAAAGCUUUAAAGCUGUCUGAUUCAAAGUGUCUAAUUUGUAGUAAGUAGUAAGGAUGUGUAAAUGAAUCUGAUGAUGUGACUGUAUAGUCCUCACUGAUUAGAGUUAUGUAGGUUCCAGGUCCUGUAUAACUAUGCUCCUCGUAAUGAGGAUGAGUUGGAGCUCAAGGAAGGAGACGUUGUUGAUGUGAUGGAGAGGUGUGACGAUGGCUGGUUUGUA